AUGCGGACAGUUAAGAUCCCGGGGCGGACGGCCGCAAACCACCGACGAUGGACGCCGGAGCUGCUUACCUUCGUCGCGUUGGUAACGAGUGUGGUGGGUCUGGCUGCCCUUUCAUCGGCCCUGUCGUCCGACCAGAUUCCAACCGUACCGACACACAACAUGUCCAACAAGGAACGGAACGAGCUUAAAGAGGAAGCCAGGGAAAUGUUCUACCAUGCGUACCGGGCGUACAUGGACAAUGCCUAUCCGGCGGAUGAGCUGAUGCCGCUGAGCUGCACUGGCCGCUACCGGGGAGUGACGCCGUCCCGUGGCGACCUGGACGAUACACUCGGGAACUUUUCCAUGACCCUUGUGGACACACUGGACACGCUGGUGGUGUUGGGUGACAUAGAGGAGUUUGAAAAUGCCGUCAAAUUGGUGAUAAAGGAUGUUAAAUUUGAUAACGACAUCAUAGUGUCGGUGUUCGAGACCAACAUUCGCAUGAUCGGCGGCCUCCUUUCGGGGCAUAUCCUCUCGGAGUACGUCCAGAAGCAAGCAGAUGUUAUGACCUGGUAUCGCGGGGAAUUGCUAGAAAUGGCCAAAGACCUCGGCUACCGGUUGCUACCCGCCUUCAACACCUCCACCGGAAUACCGCAUGCUAGGGUCAAUUUGAAGCACGGCAUGAAGGUCGAAGCAUUGCGACAUUCCCGAGAAACAUGCACCGCGUGUGCCGGAACGAUACUGCUGGAGUUUGCGGCUCUCUCGCGACUCAGCGGAGAACCAAUUUUCGAGGUGAAAGCACACGCUGCCAUGGACGCACUGUGGAAGAUGCGUCAUCGUAGCUCGGAGCUGAUGGGGACGGUUCUGAACGUGCAUUCCGGCGACUGGAUACGGCGCGAAUCAGGCGUCGGAGCUGGCAUCGAUUCAUAUUACGAGUAUUGCCUAAAAUCGUACAUUUUGCUGGGAGACGAGCGCUAUCUGGCUCGGUUCAACCGCCAUUAUCACGCAAUCAUGAAGUACAUCAGCCAAGGCCCGAUGUUACUCGACGUGCAGAUGCAUCGGCCGCACACGAAGACGCGCAACUUCAUGGACGCGCUGCUUGCGUUUUGGCCCGGGUUGCAGGUGCUCUCGGGUGAUCUCAAACCGGCUGUCCAGACGCACGAGAUGCUCUACCAGGUGAUGCAAAUGCACACCUUCAUUCCGGAGGCAUUUACGUUUGAUUUCCAGGUUCACUGGGGUCAACAUCAUCUUCGUCCUGAAUUUAUUGAAUCGACGUACUUCCUUUAUCGUGCCACUGGUGACCACUACUAUCUGCAUGCGGGCAAAAAAGCCCUCAAAGCAUUGCAGAAACACGCCAAGGUGCCCUGUGGCUAUGCUGCCGUGAACGAUGUUCGUACGGGUAAGCACGAGGACCGAAUGGACUCGUACGUGCUCUCCGAGACGUUCAAGUACCUCUUCCUGCUGUUCUCGGAUCCGGCUGAUCUGAUUCUCAACAUUGAGGAUUUCAUUUUCACCACCGAGGCUCACCUGCUGCCACUCACGCUGGGACAAUUAGGCAACCAGACCUUUACUGGUGUGCGCGAUCAGGACGAACAGAUGCACAUGCUCGACUACAUGCGCUCUUGCCCCAGUCCGAACAAGUUAUUUCCUGAAACAGUCAGGCGCCCUCUCCGUGACCUCGUUACGGGAGUCUGUCCGCGCAUAUCGAGCGCCAAACGACUUAGAGCGGCUGACUUUCAGGCAAGCAAUACGGAUCAUCUACGAACAGUUUAUGACAUGGGCAUUACGAUGGUUUCUCUAGGUGAUGGCAAGGUGCAGCUGCUUCACAGCUUCCACAAUGCCAAAUCUCCCGAAGACGCCGAACGGGGGCUUAUCUUCAUGCGUGAAAUGGUGGAUCUUUCGAAUUCGAACUCCAUCCCAAACACGCAGCUGCAGGCCGUUGCUUUCAAGCGUGAAGGCGAUCAGGAGCUUCGGAUCCUCGAAGCCGGCCCGAGCCAUUUCGGCAUAGAGCUGAUCAACGAUUUAGCGGUCGUGCAGCAGGCCGUCUUUGCUAAACCCGCUAGAGUGUGUUCAGAUUUAAAGAAUGCGGAUGAGAUUCGCAAAAAAAUCGUAAUCAUCGAGCGCGGAGAGUGCACAUUUGUCGACAAAGCACGACGUGCGCAGGCAGCAGGUGCUGCGGCAGCCAUAGUUUACGACAACACGCCAAACACGUCAAUCAACAACCAGCAGAUGUUUGCAAUGUCCGGUGACGGACAAGACGACGUGCAAAUUCCGGUGGUGUUUCUAUUCACCCGGGAAGCCGAACAGCUCAUCAAAGCCAUCAAGGAGCAGCCAGAUCUGGAGCUUACGCUCAUGUCCGUCACUGGGCUUAAGGAGAAGCUGUCCGAGGAGCAACGCGCAAGCACAACGAAGACUGACGCCAAGAGUAGUGAUUCAACAGCGACGCCAUAGUAGCAGAAGUGCUAGUAGGAGUAGUAGAAACAAAUAGCUGCCGUGCUGCCGCUCCUGGCACCGGGCAGAAGGGCGGAUAUAACAGUCCUUCCUCCGAGUGCCAUCGUGGCCGGUAUCAGCAAAUUUCUCACAUUCACUCGACGCGGCGCGUCUCACCUGCACGGCGACAAACGCGCAACGGGUUAGAUAGUAAUGAAUUUAUUAGACAAUUAGACCGCACCGUACCGUUGAAGGGUGAGCGAGCAAGCGCAAGUGAAAGGAAGGAAUCGUCCCACCCCCGGGCGAUUGUGGCGGGGAGAUUGUUAGCUAGGAGGCCAGGCGUGGUGUAUGCGGUGUGCGGUGUGUCUUUUUACUGGCUGUCCGGGAGAGUGUUUGCCAUCGAAUCGCACAGCUGGCAGGGUUGAGUCCCGUACAAACUCAACGAGGAUGGAAGAUGCAAUCAGAGUGCGUUAGGGUACUGUGUUGUUGAUUUAUUUUUUGUCGUUUCUCUCCUACAAACAACGUGAUACUUUAGUGUACAGUUAAGACCUAAAGCGUGCAUAGAAAAUGGAGGAAAAUGAUGGGACGAAUUGAACUGUACAGAAACCGGUGUUGUGUGAAACAUGUGGCUUCGCAGUUGGGAAUCGAUGGGCGCAUGUUCCGAGUGUGGAUGCUUGCUCUAUAUUGCAUUCUCCACUUCACCCUUUAGCAAUCCUUUCAGGACUUAGCCAAUCAUUUACAGCUUAUACUUGCUUCGGUCGCUUUUCGCACCAGCGUAUACAUAUCAUGGAAUCGAUUUGAUUUCAUACUAUAAUAUAUAUAUUUUUUUCUUUUCAUUUUCGUUCCAUCAGAAAACAAUUGUGAUCACAGAGUUAUAAUCCUUUUUUGUCGCCUUGUGCAAUGCAACCUAAUCAAUCCUCUAAUCGUAUUGCUAUAACAGUAUGCAUAAGUUAACGUCCCACAUUCACAAACAGUACGAUAUUAAUUUUGCCGCUUUACGCCAAACGAACUCACGUUUGGUGGUUUCGCUGGUGUAAAGAGACACAGUCUCUUAUGGAUAGUAUUAGUCCGAUAAUUUUCUUUCUUUCCCGAUUGCAUCCUGCGAUAGAGCGAGAAAAAUAAAAGCAACGCAGAUUUAUAGUCAGGCAGAGAAAUGGCAGCAAAGCGCGAACGCGCGAUCGUCGAUGAUUAUUUCACCCGUUGAUAGGCAAAUUGAUAGAUUGCCGGCUUCCGUCGAACGGAGCUGACAUAGGGCGGUCUGUAAAUAAUUCCUUUUGUACGAAAGCGAAUCGGAAUGCGGUUCGGGCGCGCGGUGUAGCAGAAUUAGGAUGUUCAGCUGGCCGAUACACUAGCAUGUAAGUAGGAUAAAUUUGAUGAAUCAUGUUGCAAUAGCGAAAAGGGGAGAAUUUCGAGGAGCGCUAUGGAUAACUCACGGUCCGGAUAACGAAAAAAGAGAGGACGCUGUAUUCCAGACCGCUUCCGUGCGGCUCCACUGUAAGUGGGCGGUCGCUGCGUAGAAGACGAAAAGUGCAUAAUUGUUUUCCAUUUAUGGCUACGAUCCAUUUCUUUCUGUUCGUGUUUUUUUUCCUCAAAUAA